CAAUCCAAUUUCAUUCACUUUUCUUUCUUCAUUUUCAGCGCUUUGUUGCUCCGCCUUUUUCUCCUCUUCUUUUCUUUCUUUCUUCUUCUUCUUGUUAGGGUUUUUCUUUUUCAAUCUUCUUUUUCUCUGCGACCGUUCCCAACGACGUCGUUGCAAGAUGAUGCCACCGGGGCUUGUUUCCAAUCUGCAAGAAGUGCUUCUCAGCCGCAAAGGCGAAUCCAAUUCGAACGCCAAUGCGGAGCAGGAACAAUCCACGGAGACCUUGGAGCCCGUUGAAUUCGACGAGUCAAAGCCUAUUGUGUUGGUCACCAACAGCGAUGGCGUCGAUUCGCCUGGCCUCACGCACCUCGUUCAGGCUCUCGUUCAACAAGGCCUCUACAAUGUCCACGUCUGCGUUCCUCAAUCGGACAAAUCGGCUUCGGGGCACUCCGUAACCCUCCGAGAAACCGUUGAAGCCGCUUCUGCCAAAGUUAGUGGCGCCACCGCCUUUGAGAUUUCUGGAACUCCCGUGGAUUGUGUUUCGCUGGCGUUAUCAGGAGCUUUGUUUUCGUGGUCAAAGCCUACGCUGGUUGUCAGUGGGAUUAACCGGGGAUCGAACUGUGGUCAUCACAUGUUAUACUCAGGGGUUGUUGCUGGAGCUAGGGAGGCGUUGUUAUGGGGUGUACCGGCGUUAUCCAUAUCGUUAAAUUGGAAGAAGGACGAAAGCCAAGAAGACGAUUUUAAGGAUGCUGUAUCAGUCUGUUUACCAUUAGUAAAUGCGGCCAUCAAGGAUGUUGAAAAGGGAACUUUUCCCAAAAGCUGUUUUUUGAAUAUAGAAAUUCCAACAUCUCCUUUGAGUAACAAGGGCUUCAAAGUGACCAAGCAAAGUAUGCGGAAAUCCACUCUGAACUGGCUAGCGGUUUCCAGCAGCCGCUAUCCACCCGGUCAUUUCAUGGCCAAUCAAGGUGGCCUUGGUCUUCAGUUUGCACAGCUUGGUCGAGAUGCCUCUGCAGCUGGUGCAGCUCGGCGAUUGGCCACGCAAAAAAAGAAUUUGGAGAUUAUUGAAUCAACUGGAGCUGCAGGAAAAUCUGAUCCCAACAGGGUGAAGAAGUACUUCAGACUAGAGUUUUUGGACAAGGAGCAGGAAGAAGGAGACGAAGAUCUUGAUUACAGAGCACUUGAAAAUGGAUAUGUUGCAGUGAUUCCGCAGUUUCUUUCUCCUCUUAUUGAAUCUGAUAUUCAAAUGGCAUGUUCUGAUUGGGUUUCUACCGUGCUUCCUGAUGGACAAUAAAUUUAGUAUGAUUGUGUAAAUUUGAGAUUUAUGAUGAUUCUUUUUUUUUUCUUAAUCAACGCAAAGAUGGAGCAGAGGCAGUCACACCAAUUCAAUAGUAAUUCAAUAGUGGAUUUCCACCUGUACUAUUUUUCUUUUUUACACUUUUGUUUCCUUCUUCAUUGUUUCAGUUCCUUUGGUCACUAAGUUAUUUCUGAUUUGAAGCAAAUGCUUCUUGUAAUUUCUUGGGCAUAUUUUAGAAAAAUGCCCUUUCGUCUGUUUGUAACAUCCAUUGCGAGCAAAAACACUGAAGCAGCUGUAAUUUUCCGAUUGUUUUUGUUUGAAGAUAGUUAAAAUUUUCUCUGAUGAAAAA